CUCUUUGGUUUUGCCGACUCAAUUUUAAAAUUGUGUUUUUAUGCUGAGAAAGAGUCGAAUCCUCCCCUUGAUGAAGCAGAAGCGCAGAAGCCAAUCGCUUGAUUACAUUACAUGUUAAGGGUGGGCAUGCCCUUCCUCGAAAGCGUCGUUACGGAUGGUAGAUCUGGCUAGAUAGAAAGUUGUUGAUUGGAAACGAAUCCAUUGAAGAAAUCUGGAACUUGGGGGUUGGAGUCAUCGAUCAACGAUCGAGAAGGAUUGAGAACAGGACGUCGCUGCUUCGAUUGUCAGCACCAUGAGUACGGCCGCGGCCCUGCAGUUGGGUCUCCGCGAUGAAGCCUUGGAUGUCUCGGAGAGAGACGACAAUAUCGCCCUUCUGAAGAAACCUCCGACUCGCAAGAGUUCCCGCGCUUCCUUCCUCUUGGGGCGAAAAUCAGCUCAUGGCAUCGACACUGCUACUACUACGGGUAGUAACAAGAGUGCUUCCCGACGCCACACUCUCAACUUGUCCGUUCCGAGCAACAGCAACAGUGGCAGAGCUAGUCACAGUCGAGGAGGAGGAGGAGGAGAAAGUCGUUCCAAUUCUCCCAACAGUAAUGGUAAAAAGAACAGUAGUCCCGAUCUCCUCAGUCUCGCCUCGGCCGACAUCCCGAAUCCUCUUCGUCGCACCAUCAGCACGGGAAGUGCCACUGUGGCCAGCAACAGUACCGCCGGCAACAGUCGACGACUCUUGCGACGACGCACGUCCAUUGGGAGUGGCAAAGAAAUGUCAUCGGAAGCGAGCAGUGUGGCAAGUGCCAACAACAGCAAACGACAAUGUCCGGCCACCGUCUCGACCAUUGCCAAACCGUCCUUGUUGGAAAAAUUGCAACACGACGAAAAAUUCCGAAUGCCCUGUCCGUUGCCGAGUAUCAUGGGAGAUUCCUUGGAAGAGGGGAACAGCAAAGACGAUACUACUACGACAACCAACAACUCGGAGGAACCACAAAAACCACAGACGCAACAAACACAUCAUACUAGCAAGGCAAAACUCGUAUUUCCGUCGCCGGACGACGAAGAGGACGAGACGGAACGAACCAACGAAGUGGACGGGUUCUUUCAAUUUGAUCCCUCCAAAGCCAAAAGUGUCAAUCGACUGGUACCCGUACGAAGUGGGAGCGAAGAUGCCUCCAUUUUUGCCAUGUAUCAGACCAAAGACAACGAUAAUGAUCAUGAUAACGAUGAUGAUCACAGUGACCUGCUGCAAGUUGCAAAGAAAAGCAAGAGACAGAGUCAUCAUGACAACAACAACAACAAUCAUCACCAAACCAAGGAAUCAAGGGAGGGAGAAAACGGGGCUACUACUAGCAACAACAACAAAAUGACAGAGGGCUCUAUGGAUGGAUCGGACAUGCCACCUUUGGUACCCCAAAGUGGACACGAAACAGGUUCCUCCUCGAAUAUGAUUUUUGAUUCUGCCUGGAAUGCAGAAUUCACACUGCAAUCGGACAAUGCUAGGGGGCAUCUUGACGACGGGGACGACGAUGAUAGUGCCUCGUUUCAUGACACGCGAAAAGGCUUGGAGGAAGAAGAUAGUGACGACGACGAUGAUGAGGAUAAUGAUGAUAUUCCAUCAUUGACAGAAAUGAAAAAUGACAAGGCUGUUGUAGUAGUAGAGAGAAAAGAAACAAACGACGAGGACUCGACCGAGGAAAGAACAUUGGAGGACCCUUCCAUUGCUUCGGCAGAAUCCACUUAUAGCGACGAGGAAACGGAGGAAGACGAAGAGCCGGAAGGUCGUGAUUCCAAUCAUUCACAAGCCUUGCUACAAUUCAACCACAAGACACCCAACGGUUUGGAUUUUGCGGUCUGCGCCAGCGACGAUACCUCCAUUUUCCGAAUGGAUAGCAUUAAAACGCUUGAAGUACCAGACGUCAAAACGACCGAACUCGACAAACAGCUUCAACAGGUGACAGCGGCUCCCAAGGAUAGACGUCCCUCCAUGUUCGCCGGGGCUCUUAAAAAGGCAAGAAGUUUCAAAAAACCAUCCAGUCUCAUGUCGGCAGCCCUGGUCAAGGCCGAAUCAUUCCGCGCGGACAAAAAAUCCAUGCUCCUGGACACCACCGAUCACACUUCCCUUUCCAAAAGCGAUAACGAGCAGUGGGAAAGAAGAAGAAGCGCAACCGAAAAGACGACUCGAGUUAGAUCACACAGUGUAGAUCGAAAGUCAACAACAACAAUAACAAGCGAAAACCAAAAAGAAAACAUUGGUGACGAUGAGUUGGUCCGGGCUAGAACUACCCAUGAUAUGCUACCCACCAGAAAAGACCGAGCAAAGAGAGAACGAGCCAGCAACAGUGCUGGCCAUGAAAAAGCCCACAGUAGCAGCAGAGAGAUUGGCGAUGUUUCGGACAAACAACACGCAACACGUCGUGAUCGGGUGAAAGGGCGUCGUGAAAGCGCACGUGGCGGCAAGUCUAUGGACAUCAGCAAUGAUGAUGAAAGGAAGGAAAGGCGUCGCAAACGAGAUGCCGUGCGAAAGGCCGCUGUCGCAAAGAACAUGCCAGGCCGUACGAUAAGUGAAAACAGCCCCAAAAAGAGACCAGGGCAUAUUGGGCAGGGGCGGCGAAGGGGUACCGUGGCGGGGGACUCGAGCAAUAUACCCAAGGUAGACAUGGAUCAAAUGGAUUUGAGUAAGGAUGGGAAUACCACAAUGCAUGAGAGUAAGACAAGGAGGCGUUCUACCAUCCGAAAAUCCCAGAGCGUUAGGAACGUGGCUUCGCCUCCUCGUUCCAGUUUGAGAGAGGCAUCCAGAAAGGCUUCUUUGCGCAGAACGGCCAGCAAUGACGAGGGGAUCACUGUGGGAACGAGGCGCCAUUCCACCAAUGUCAGCCGGAGGCGUCCUUCCGAAGCAAGGAGCAGCGGUCGAUCUCGAGGAAAUAAAGAUCGCGAAGGAGCUGAACAUGAUAUCGACCGAAGCGUCAGCCGCGAGAAGCGAAGGCACUCUCGGAGGCCUCGUCGAGCCAAGGAUGUCGAAAGCAAAGAUGACGAUGCAAUGGACAAGAGCAUGGACAGAAGCGGAGAUAGCGUCAAUGGCACGAGAUCAAGGCGACGAGAUGCCGUCGAUAAGAACAUGGACAGAAGCGGCGAGAGCGUGAACGGCACGAGAUCAAGGCGGCGAGAUGGGACGGAAAAGAGCACAGACAGAAGCGGGGAAAGCGUCGAUGGAACAGCCGGUAGAACAAAGCGACGGGGCGAAAAAAGACCUUCCAGGCGACACAGGAGAAGUGUCGAGCGGGGCACUGGUGGAGAUGGGACAGAAAAAAGCAGCAGCGCCAUGGGGGGGAGCAGCAGACACCGUGGCAGCGCCCAUAGCAACGGACGUGGAAGCAAUCGAGGGAGCAACCACGACAAAAAGAAAACAGACAACGGCAGUUCGACUAAGUCAAGUGCGGGUACCGGUACCGGUACCGGUUCGUGGGUGAAAAGUGGCAACAACAGCUUUGUGGUCGUCGCGAAGGAAGGAGGCGAAACAGAGGAGAAAAGGACUUCGUCGCUAAGAGUUGAGCGAACUUUCGAUGCAAGUUUCCCAGACUUGAAGGCAGCCAAUGACAGCCUCAGUGGAACUUUCCACAAUGACCUGGAAACCGAUGGCCCCACGGAUCGUCGAAAGAGCUUCAUGAAGUCAUUGUCUUCAAAGUUCGGGGCGGGGCAAAGCACCAUUGGCAAGGGAGCCCGAAAUAUCAUCAUCGGCGGCACCCGCGCGGAAAAGAAGCGCUUGUUGAGCGGCGACGAUGAAUCUGUGCUUUCAUGACGAUGACGUGCCUAUUCUCGAUGCGUAACGUUAGCCUUGCAUAGCUAAGUGUGUAAUUCUUCUUGGCCUAAUAAACAGAUGAAGCAAUGCCGUACUACUUGUAUUAGUUAGAUACUACUAGUAAAAGAUAUAUGUC